GCCAGACCCCGGGCCAUGAACGCACCCCCGCGGGAUGACUUGGUCCGGCCCGCAACUCUCCCCGCCCCCGCCCGGAUGGUGCCGCCCACGCUGGGGCUCGCCGUGCGCAGUGGGAAGAUGGCGGCGCCCAGGGCGGCGUGGGACGGGCGGGAUAUGCCCUGGAACCGGCUGGACUUGCCCUGGCCCGCGAACAGCACCACGGUGCCGCUGGCGGUCCAGCACCCCGCAGUGAGGUUGCUGUCGGCGCUGCGGCGGCGGUGCGACAUCGCCGGGCAGCGGCUAUCGGGGCCGGGCCUGGCCGCCGAGGGACACGUCCUGCGCUCCGUGCUCUACGCGUACCACAGCAGGCUGCUCCGGCACCGGCCCUACCUGGCCCUGCAGCAGGUAGAGCAAUGUUUGAAGCGCCUAUGGAAAAUGAAUCUGGUGGGCUGCCUGGAAACUCUGGUAGAACUGAUUCCCAAGAAAAAUGCUUCCAAAGCCGAUGCAGAGUGCUUGGUUCCCAGCCAGCCUAUGUUGGAAACAGUGGCUUUGAAGGUAUUGGGAGGCUGCAAGCUCAUACUGCGUCUACUGGAUUGUUGCUGUAAAGCUUUUCUCUUGUCCGUUAAACACCUCUGCUCCAAGGAAUUCAUACUCCUGAAUACCGUGGCUUCAGGGCUUCUGAGCCGGCUCUGGAUUCAGUACAGGUGUGUGUUGGAGACCCUCAUGUUCUUGUACAGUGCCUUGUUGACAGUGCUUCAUCUGGUAUCUGAGACCCAACAGACCCCUUAUAUCAAGGGGUUUACCUUCCCUUCUGAUAUUGGCGACUUCCUUGGAGCUGACAUAUCUUCUGAGGCAAAGAAGCAAAAGGCUAAAAUGCUUACAACAAAAAAAUCUACCAGCUGGAUGAAGAAGCUUUUCCCAGCAAUGCCAGAGGCAGUAUCAAAGGUUGGGAAAAAGAGAAAAUCUGAGACCUGUACAAGUGCUGUUAAAAAGCAUAGCAUCCUGUGCGCCGUGGACAUUGGAGAGACAGUUGUGGUGCCCACAGCCAGGAGAGGGAAGCACCCAGGGUUUGAUGUGAAGAGCUUGCUUAGGCCAGCCAGACAUCCAACACAAGAGGGUCUAAGCAUUGCAUCAACACCUUUUAAAGCAAAAUCAUCACCACUUUCAUCUCGAAUAGCAAAAUCACAGCACACUGGAUCUCUUGUACAGAUGGUCCAAACAGCUGCAUCAUUUGGGGAGCUGUCAGAGGCACUCAGAAAAGCUAUUCUGUGGUGCAAAACCAACAAAUUCAAAUCAGAAGCUUAUUUUCUGCGUAACAAGUUGUUGAAAAGCAACCGGCUGCACCAUGUGGAGACUCAAGGAUGCAGCUUGAAGAAAAAGCUGUGCUGUGUCAAAACAUCUGUCCGUAAAUACCUCCUGUACGGGUCACAACACAUGCGCUGGUCAAAGCAGCAACUCGGGGCACGGUUCUGCCGAAGGAGGAUCAGAUCAUCUGAACUCUUGAAGACGGCUCUAAAGACUGGUGGGCAAAAGCCUCCUGACCUUUUUGGGGUCUGUGAGAACAGUGCAUCACUCAUCCUCCCAGCUUACCAGGAUAGGUCUCCGAGUCAGGAAGAACAUUCCAGCAUUGAUACAAGACACGUCAAACAAAGCACAACAGGGACCCCUAAGCAGCUGCUGCUGGAAGGAAGCCCUUGCCCAGUUUGGAAAGAAGCUGCUGAGAACAUAGAUAUUGAUUCUAUUUUUGCAGCAAUAGGUGUCUGACCCUGGACUUGAAGAAGGAAAGGGGUCAAGUCAUUCUAGUUUCUUUGUUUUUUUCAAGUAAACCCCUCUGAAUUCUAAUGGUGUAUCAGUAACUCGCAUCCUGAAUUCUGUUAAGAAAGUAACAACCAUUUUAUUAUGUUUUUGUAAAACGGCUUUUUUUAAUGGCUUAUUUUUAUAUUUUAAGGGUGUUCCAAAUAACUGAAUAGUGUCCAUCCUUUUACCUACUCUUGUCCAGGAACCCUUACUCAAGUGUCCCCUCUCUAUAUGCUACUCUCAAAUCCACAGUGCAAAUAGUUCCCAUCCAUGGCAGAAAGGUUGCAACUGAUCAUUCACUGCUGCUUUGGACAAAAGACUUGCAAACAUUUUUCCAAGCCUUACACUCUUCUGUGCUGCUUGUAGAGGGGCAGCCUUGAUGUGCAGUAUUAAUGCUGUUUCAGCAUUUGUUACGCUUGUUCUGAAAUGAGGAGUUAACUGAACCUACUACCCCUGAAAUGUUCCAGAAGUAGGGAAAAGCACAGCUGUGGCCUGCAACAGUAACCCUGUAUUGCCCACCUUGUAUGAACUGAUCAAUGUACCUUUAGUUAUGAAACAUGGGCAGAAACUUACGUUUUAUUCAAAAAGCACAUAUAGAGCACAACUUUGAUACUAGUUUGGGCUUAAGGUCUUUAUACAGAUAACCAAGAUCCAUUUUCUGGGCUUCCUGUCACAGGAAUACCCAGUGACAACUGAAACAAUUUUAGAGAAUCAUGAAUCAUCAGCCCUCCAGCCAUCUGAUUUGACACAGGCCUACUUCAAACAGAUUCCUACCACUGCAGGAGUUUUUAGAGCUCUGCUUUCCAUUUCAUCAAAUGGUAUAUACCUAAGUAUACCACAUACAAUCACGUAACAUUUCAGCUGCUUGAGUUGUUUCUCAGAAAAGGCUGGGACUGAGAGCAGACAUCCCAGCAGUGACCUCCAUCCUGAAAAACCCUU